UACCACUUGCUCCGAAGCGUCUCGCCUUACCCCCUCUCCGUCUGUGCGAAGAGGAGUCUCCGCCAUUUCUGCCCCCGCCAAAGGAGGAAAUGGGUAGCGCGGAGUACUGGAGCAAAGGGUCUCGCGUCGAGGUCACCAGCAAGGAGACGGGCUUCAAGGGCGCCUGGUUUGACGCCAUCGUCGUCGAACCCCCCGUGUACCACAAAUCCAAGUACAAGAAGAAGCGGCUCACCUUGAUCGAGUACACCACCCUCCUCUCCGAUGACGGCGACACGCCGCUCAGGGAGUACAGCGACGCCAUCUUCAUCCGGCCCUUGCCUCCGGGAGAGGGGGAGGAAGUGGUCCUGGAGGAAAAUUUGGUGGUGGACACUUACGACCGGGACGGGUGGUGGGCGGGAGUGAUUGCAAGGAUCACGAAGCAAGGCGACUACUUGGUGGCUUUCGACGACCCACCGCAUGUCCUCGUGUUCCCCCGCGACCGAUUGAGGCUGCACCGGGAUUUCCUCAACGGCAGAUGGAGUCUUCCCCCUAAAUUCUCGGAAUUCUCUGACUAUCUCAAUGAGCUGAUUGCCCUUGCCGAAGGCCAUAACACCAAUAAUGGAAAGGCUACUGAAGUUUGCGUCACCGCACUUAUACCAUGCUCAAUCAAGCAAUCAACUCCUAAUGAGAUGUUGACUUCUUCAAACGUCGGCUCCAGCGAGAAGGAGACAGAGCAGCAGAGCUCCCGCUAUGAUUCCCUGCGUUUUCUCCCUCCCAAGAAGAAGCGUAAAACUCUAAAUGAACCCUCUAGUGAAAAUAACUGUGCUUCUCAAAGCAAGGACACGGGAACAAGUAAUCAGAAAAAGAGACGAAGGCUUGUGAAGUUACAUGCCCGGACUGAAAAUGCUUCAAGGACAGGCAACAAGAAGGGAGCAGACGAAGGAUCUUCUGCAGCCAAUGAACUGGGGUUCCCAGUGACGCCAGUGGAACAUUUGAAUGGCUCUCGAGAUGCAUCUGCUGAAAUGUUAGCUGCAGCUUCUGAAAAGCAUAGUGUGGCAAAAGUAGUAGAAGAUGUCGCAGGGGAUAGAACCAACUCAGGGGUCAAAGGAUCGAUGCUUGGAGAAUUACAUUCUCAAGUAUUGGAUAGAUCUGAACAUUCUCGUCUUGGUGGGGUGAACCAAGUGAAUGAGGCAAGAGAGAUCAUUCAGGUUGAGGAGGACGCGGACCUUGAGGGUGAGAUUGAGGGUGACACUAGGCCAAAUCAAAGGCCGACCUUGCCUUUUGUGAAAACCUCACCAGUAUGGAAAGCAGUGGAAUCUUUGGAAGUAUUCCAAAAGUUUCCUCAAGCACCUCAUUUUCUACCUUUGAGUGAUAGCAAAGCAGGAUGUCGCGAAGGACUGGCCAUUGCCAAGAUGGUGACUUUUGCCAAUACGGUACAGAUGGCUUCCAAAUUGAAGAUCACCGAUCCCAAAAGUAGAUUUACUUCCUGUUUGGAAGACCUUGGAGAAUUAGAGGUGCAUGGUUUUGAUGCCCAAGUGAUCAAGAGUCGUUUGACAAGGCUGCUUUCAAUAAAAGAUGGACUUAAAAAGGUUGACAAAAAGUGGGAUGAAGCUGAAGCUCAAAUUUCAGGGCUUAAGAAUGAGAGAGUCAAAAUCGAGGAAAAGAUCGAAAAGAUCAUUAAGGAGAUGAGACGUUUUCAAGAUAAACUGAUCCUAGCCUUAACAGAGAAGGAGAAGAAAGAUUUUGAAAUCACAAUAUUGAGUACCAGUGUUGACAUCAUGCACGAAGCAGUUCAAAGUGCCCAGCAUGAAUUCGAAGAACAUUUAAACGAUUUAGCCCGGUGAGAAGGAGGAGUAGUGGCGCGGGACACCGCCAGUAACCUUAACUAUCUUUCUGCGGACUUGCGUGCGAAAUAUACUCCUCUUUCUGGUUUUAGCAGUAGCACUGUCUAUACUUAUGCCUGACUUGGAAGUGACCCGCUUUUAUAUUGGAGUUGGUCUUUUGUAUAUUGUUAGCCCAGGACAUAGAGAUUCAACUCUGGAGUGUUGUCUGUGUGUCGAACAUCUGAUGUGUGGAUGGAACUUCAGUUUAAUGUAGAUGACAGUUAUUCUAUGACUUAAAAACUUUCUUGUGGGUC